AUGGGUGAACCGCUAAUUGCAUUGGUUAGGAAAUUCAAGUUUACAAGGGUGUUGAACUCAAACCCACAGACUAAAGUGCUCUCUCUUUUAGGGACCAUUGAAGAUAAAGAUGCCAUUAUCACCGUGGAGAAGACGCAUUUCCUUUACGAUGAAAAUGUGCGCAAGCAACCCAUGGGAGGUCGUAACACUCCCAUUUUUUAUCAUUGUGAAAACGAAUAUUCCUGCAUUAAGGGUAUUCAAGAACUGAAAGAACUCACUUCUAACGAUAUUUAUCAUUGGGGGUUAACCAUUAUUAGACAAGACAUCGACCAGAACCCAACGGCAAAGAUUAAUUUGAUUUGGCCCGCCACAUAUACUCAUAUUAAGAAAUAUGAUCAACAAAAUCUACAUCUGGUGAAGGAAACCCCUGAGAUGUAUGAGAGAAUUGUCAAACCAUAUAUUGAAGAGAUCUCAUCCACUAAUUCCUUAGCAUGGGUUUAUAAGAUCUUAUAUGAAGGUGCAGAGUCAGAAAGGAUUAUUUAUAAGGAUUUUCAAGAAGAUAAGAAAAAUGACGGAAUUAUUAUUAUACCAGAUACUAAUUGGGAUGGGUUGAAUUUGGAGGCAUUGUAUUUGGUGGGAAUCGUUUACAGGGAUGAUAUCAAGUCAUUAAGAGAUUUGAAGAAAAAGGAUCAACAAUGGUUAAUGGAACUAAAUAGAAAGAUUAAGUCAAUUAUCCCAGCUUGUUAUAAUUAUGCUAUUCAUCCUGAUGAAUUACGGAUUUUUAUUCAUUAUCAGCCUUCCUAUUACCAUUUCCAUUUACAUAUCGUUCAUAUUAGACUACCUGGUAUUAAUGAAGGAAUCAACGCUGGCAAAUCUAUUUUACUGGAUGAUGUAAUCGAAAGUUUGAAUUAUUUGGGUCCUGAUGGUAUGAGGGAGAAAACAAUUACGUAUGCCAUUGGUGAACAUCAUGAUCUAUGGAGAAGAGGAUUUGAAGAAGAAGUUGCAAAGCAAUUAGAAAGAGAAGGAAUUCCUAAGAUGCCAAAUAUUGUCAAUGGGUUUGAAAUGCAGAACUGA